AUGCACGCCCUGCGCACAGCAAAAGUGCUAUUACAAACCAAAGCGCGGCCCAUACCCCGACCACCCGUAUGCCGUUAUUACCGCCCUAACCCUAUACGAUUCUAUCAAACAAAUCCAGACGAACCGAAACUAUCGCUGACCUUCACAUGCACGGCGCCCGGCUGUGAUGGACACAGGUCGUCCCACGUCUUCUCCAAAAGGUCAUAUGAGCAUGGUGUUGUAUUGGUUGAAUGUCCAGGUUGUCAUAACCGACAUUUGAUAGCAGACCAUCUGGGUUGGUUCAAGGACGGGACCGAAGGAGGCAAGAAUAAGACAUUGGAAGAGAUCAUGGCUGCAAAGGGCGUACCUGUCACUCGUGGACAGAUUGUGGAGAAGGGAACAUUCGAGUUCAAUGGAACACAGGCAGAGGAUGGAGGUGAGACGAAGAGCUCAUGA